AUGGAGCAACGCGGUAAUCAAAAUAUCCAAGCCGACGAGAAAAGUGGCCUUCUCGCCAAAGAGCGACAGAUAGAGGCCCCAGUGGAACCUUUACGAAAGCGGCAGUACGUCGUAAGAGGAUUGGUUGCCGUCCUCGUUGCUUUUGCCUGGCUGUCAGUAGUCGGAAUUGAGAACCUUCUCAGUCGACAACCAAAGGGAUCGGAGCUUGACAAAGUUGAAGGAAAUAGAAAACAUGUGGAUUACGAAGACAUCAUUCCAAGUGAGACGCUGGAAUGGCAUACAUGCUAUGAGGAUUUCAAGUGUGCCCGACUCACUGUGGCUAUGGACUACCAUCGUCCGUUAAAUGCAUCAAAAGAUAAUCCCAAAGUCCAUAUUGCCCUUAUUUUGAUUCCGGGUACCCAUGAGAAGCCCGAGUCCUAUUCUCCUUCGCCUCUGCUGAUCAACCCCGGUGGUCCUGGCGGUUCUGGAGUUCAGACUGCUCGUGGAUUGGGCGGUUAUCUGCAAGCUAUUCUGGGUGAAGGCCAGGACAUUAUCGGAUUUGACCCUCGUGGCAUCGGUGCGACUACACCACGAACUGAUUGCUUCUCUUUUCCGGGUGGACCUUCUGGAGAAGAUGAUUAUGUGCAAGGACAGUUUCACCGUAUGCUCUGGCAGACUUCUGGAAGGGAGAUUGGUCUCGUAAACUCAAGCGAGGUUGCCUUGCACAAGAUUGAUGCUAGGUCUCGGGGUCUGGGUAAGCUUUGUGGAGAGAAAGACUAUUUGAAUGGAAACGAUAGCAUUUUCAAGUACGUUAGCACGCCGAAUGUUGCUAGAGAUAUGGUGAGCAUUGUUGACGCCUGGGAUGAAUGGAACGCCGCUCUGAGUGGUCCUUCAGCUCCUUUGGCCGAGGAAACAGACGAAACCAACGAUUUUGAGGAAGUUUCCGGCCUGGAUACAAAGGGCAAACUUGUUUACUGGGGAUUCUCUUAUGGAACUCUUCUUGGAGCCACGUUCGCGGCAAUGUUCCCAGAUCACGUCGGUCGGGUUGUACUUGAUGGCGUGGUAGAUGCGGAUUACUACGUGUCGCCGAUCUGGGCGGAGUCAAUCCGUGAUGCUGACGCUAUUGCUGAAUUAUUUUACACAUACUGCCAUGAAGCAGGUAAUAAAUGCGACCUCUAUAAAAAGGAUGAUACGCCUGCCGACAUCAAAACUCGAUUCGAAGGAGUUCUUGCUAGGAUCAGGAAAGAACCUAUCGUAUUGGUGAAUGAUUUGACAAAGCUGCCUCAAGUCAUCUACGAGAGCGAUAUUAGGAGUCUUCUGUUCAGUACACUAUAUUCGCCAACAUUGUUUUCCCCGAUAACUGCUACGAUCUUUGACCGGCUGGAUAGCGGAGACUACGAUGCGCUCAAACGCUUGCUGGGUGGUUUCACUCCCGAACCUGACCUGCCAUCUUUCUGUAACCCACCUCCAUCACCGCAAUAUCUAACAGAUGAGGCAAACUUUGCUAUCAUGUGCAGUGAUAAACGUUAUCCCCUCAAUGGAACUCUCUCUGAGUUAAAUACCACAUUUGAGAAAAUGGCCAACACAUCCUCUUUCGCUGAUGUUUGGAUGACUCUGAUGAUCGGAUGCGAUGGAUGGCCUGUGGAAUCAAAAGACCCACCAAUGAGGUGGGACGACCACCCAGCGCAUAACCCCAAGCCAAUCAAGACUUCUUUUCCGCUUCUCUUCAUCAGCAACACUAGAGACCCCGUCACGCCCCUCUAUGCCGGUGUCAAAAUGGCCCAAAAGUUCGUUGAUGCAGGACUUAUCGAGCAAAAGUCUGAGGGACAUUGCAGCUUGUCGGCUGUUUCAUCAUGCACGGCCAAAAAGAUCGUAGCAUAUUUCCGUGAGGGCAAAGUGCCACCUCAUCCAGUGAAGUCGGACAAAGGUCUGUUUGAUGGAAAGUGGGACAAAUGCGAGGCCGAGUCCUGGCCCUGGCAUCCCUAUGAUCCCGAAAUGUCGAUUGCAGACAAAGGUGAGGAAGGAAAGGCCGAGGUGAAAAUGAUGAAGGCAUUGGAGGGCAUGCAACGCGAGUUUGCCAAACAAGUCAAGCCUUGGAAAAGUACAGGCGCUUUGAGUACUGAGAGACUGGUCGAACUUAGCUUACAACAGUUGGAUAAAUGA